AAAUCGUCACCUUCGUUUCUACUUAGGUUUGCCGAAUUAGAGAGCUAAACGGCACUUUCAAGGUAUUAUUUCCGUUAUUUUCUUCCUUUUUAUUUAUCAAAAUUACCUUUUCUAACAAUGGAGCCUUCUUCUUCUAGAAGCAAACAUCAUAGUUCAAGUUUUCAUCAACAUUUUCAACGAUCCACUUCACCUUCGGGUCGGUUCUGUUCGUACUCAAUGUCUUCAACUUCAUCGACUUUUUCCAGUUUUUCCAACAGGGACUCCGAUAUAAUGACCCGAUCCACAUCCCCAACCCGGGUCAAUCUUCGCCGAUCCGUUUCCCCAUCGCCAAAUGUACGCUUUUCUGCCUCCGCCGGCCGUUCGAUUUCAGUUUACCCUCAUCAACAGAAGCAGAAUAGCAGAGCUUUACCGUCGAAUCAGAAGAAGACUUGCAUGUGCUCACCCACUACACAUCCAGGUUCAUUCCGUUGCAGUCUUCAUAAGAACGUUGGCCAAAAUAGAAGUCAUUCAAAUUCGUCGUAUCGAUCGAGUUAUCAUCUGAAUAUGCGGAGAUCGGCCAUGACGAACUCGCUUGUCCGUAUCGGAACGGUUGAAGGUGACCUCGUCAAAAGAGCGCUUGCUGCUUUGAUCCGUCCAUCGUCUCAUCAUCUCAGACGAAGAGACGAUUUUCAGCCACGACCUAGCCGGCUCUCCGUCAUGUCCAAGGCCGAAUAACUUACGAAUUUGUGAAUCGUUUUCAUGUACAGUUUCAGAUUUAGCGCUUUUGCAGUUGCGACUUGCGAGUGGAUCAACUCAGGGAUGAGAUGACUCACUCGGGGAAAGGGCCUUAUGCGUUUUAGUAGUUUUCAGGCGAAAACCUCCCCAACCCCAAAAAUUUUGUAUUUUUUUUUUCUGUCAUAUACAGCUUUCAAUAUAUCAUAGUACAAUAUAUAAAGUUUUAAUUGCAUCA